AUGUCCGUUACAACGACAUCAGGCCCUGUCGUGCUCGACCUCUCAUCUUCUGCCACGUGGAUCAACAUCACUGGCACUGUUGGAGCCAUCGCAACAGGGAACGCCUGGGGGCAGGGUGCAAGGAGGUUCGGGGCUGGCGCCAAGCCUGUCGCCGUGCCUGUCUACACCUACAGCUUCAAUGGCACGUGGCUGAACGUGAGUGGCCUGAUAGCAGCCAAUGGGAAGAGCUACAAGGCGGUGUUUGAGUCCAUUGCUGCUACACCUAAGAACUUCUAUGCUGUUGCUUCCUCUGCUAGCCUGCUCGCAGGGGUUGCUAGAGGGCAAUUUGCCAAGGUUCCCCUGGGCUGGGGGGUGUGGAAGAACUGCGGAGAAGAGGCACGGCGGAGGAGAGGCACGGCGGAGGAGAGGCACGGCGGAGGAGAGGCACGGCAGAGGAGAGGCACGGCGGAGAAGAGGCACGGCGGAGGAGAGGCACGGCGGAGGAGAGGCACGGCGGAGAAGAGGCACGGCGGAGGAGAGGCACGGCGGAGGAGAGGCACGGCGGAGAAGAGGCACGGCGGAGGAGAGGCACGGCGGAGAAGAGGCACGGCGGAGAAGAGGCACGGCGGAGGAGAGGCACAGCGGAGAAGAGGCACGGCGGAGGAGAGGCACGGCGGAGGAGAGGCACGGCGGAGAAGAGGCACGGCGGAGAAGAGGCACGGCGGAGGAGAGGCACGGCGGAGGAGAGGCACGGCGGAGAAGAGGCAUGGCGGAGAAGAGGCACGGCGGAGAAGAGGCACGGCGGAGGAGAGGCACGGCGGAGGAGAGGCACGGCGGAGGAGAGGCACGGCGGAGGAGAGGCACGGCGGAGAAGAGGCACGGCGGAGAAGAGGCACGGCGGAGGAGAGGCACGGCGGAGGAGAGGCACGGCGGAGGAGAGGCACGGCGGAGGAGAGGCACGGCGGAGAAGAGGCACGGCGGAGGAGAGGCAAGGCGGAGGAGAGGCAAGGCGGAGAAGAGGCACGGCGGAGGAGAGGCACGGCGGAGGAGAGGCACGGCGGAGAAGAGGCACGGCGGAGAAGAGGCACGGCGGAGGAGAGGCACGGCGGAGGAGAGGCACGGCGGAGGAGAGGCACGGCGGAGGAGAGGCACGGCGGAGAAGAGGCACGGCGGAGGAGAGGCACGGCGGAGAAGAGGCACGGCGGAGAAGAGGCACGGCGGAGGAGAGGCACGGCGGAGGAGAGGCACGGCGGAGGAGAGGCACGGCGGAGAAGAGGCACGGCGGAGAAGAGGCACGGCGGAGGAGAGGCACGGCGGAGAAGAGGCACGGCGGAGAAGAGGCACAGCGGGGAAGAGGCACAGCGGCACAUUCGUGUGGAAGGACAGGGAGGCAGAGGGGCAGAGCGGAGCGGCAAAGAGCAGUGA